AUGCCUUUGACUCCGGAGCAAGCCAAAAUCAUCAAGGCCACGGUGCCUAUUCUUGCCGAGCAUGGCAACACCAUCACCACGCGCUUUUACGGCAACAUGCUGCGCGAGAACCCCGAUCUCAACAAUGUCUUCAGCAACACGCAUCAGGCCACCGGUCACCAACCCCGCGCCCUGGCCAUGUCCCUGUAUGCCUAUGCCUCCAACAUUGACGACCUCGGCGUCCUGAGCCCGGCCGUCGAGCUCAUCUGCCAGAAGCACGCCUCGCUGUACAUUCAGCCCGAGCACUACAACAUCGUCGGCACCUAUCUGCUGGCUGCCAUGAAGGAGAUCCUCGGCGAUGCCCUGACCCCCGACAUCCACGACGCCUGGGCUGCCGCCUACUGGCAGCUGGCCAACAUUAUGAUCGACAAGGAAGCCCAGCUGUACAAGCAAGCCGACGGCUGGACUGACUGGCGCGACUUCCGCAUUGCCCGCAAGGAGCAGGAAUCCUCGGAGAUCACCUCUUUCUACCUCACUCCCGUUGACAGCAAGCCACUGCCCUCCUUCCUGCCCGGCCAGUACAUUUCUAUCCAGGUCCCCGUGCCCGGUCUCGAGUUCAAGCAGGCACGCCAAUACUCGCUGUCGGAUUCCCCCAAUCCGGCGCACUACCGCAUCAGCGUCAAGCGUGAGCCGGGCGUUGACGGCGUGACGCACCCGGGCUACGUGUCUAACGUGCUGCACGCCGACAAGAAGGAGGGCGACGUGCUGCGCGUGUCGCACCCCUACGGCGACUUCUACUUCGACUCUGCCGCUAUCCCUGCCGAUGCACCCGUCGUGCUCCUCGCCGCUGGUGUCGGCCUGACCGCUCUGAUGUCCAUCCUCAACUCGCUCACUGCCAACACCACCACCCGCCCCAUCACAUGGAUCCACGCCGCCCGCACCAGCGGCGCCCGCGCCUUCGCCGGCCACAUCCAGAACCUCGCCGAUGCCAACCCGAACCUGCGCAAGAUCCUCUUCGUCUCGCAGCCGAGCGAAUCGGAUGUUCAGGGCCGUGAUUACGACGCCACAGGCCGCCUGGACCUGGGCAAGCUGGACGCUGAGAAGGACCUGUUCGCCAGCGACAAGCGCACGCGCUACUACGUAUGCGGCCCCGAGCGCUUCAUGGUCGACAUGCAGAAGGGCCUGAAGGAGCUGGGCGUCGAUGAGGAGAGGGUGCAUCUCGAGCUCUUCGGCACCGGUGGCGUGCCCAAGGCUUAG